AUGACGUUUGCAACUGUUGUAUCUCCUCGCCACAACCUACUAGCUCUAUCUUACGCUCUCUGCUGGCUCUGGUUCCAUCUCUUUCAAUUCAAUGCGUCUAACCAAUCCUACUCUGCCCAUGAAGAUGUCUUGAACAAACCAUGGCGUCCUGUACCGUCCGGGCGCAUCAGCGCCAAGGAUUCUCGUGCAUUGCGCUGGGGACUCAUGUUGUUCUGCUUGAGCCUUUCAUCCCUUUUCAGCUUGAAUGCCGUCAUAACUAGCGCAGUGUUCGCUGUGCUUAUCAUCAUCCAUGAUGAUUUCCAUCUCGGCGACCAUCCCAUUUUCAAGAAUUUGUGCAACGCAGCAGGUUAUGUGACAUUUGAACUCGGUUCUUUGUUGAUUCUGGAAUCUUCGCUCGACGGAACGAGCAUCAAAGCACUUUACUGCAGCGCGCUUGUCAUACUUCUGACAAUCCACGCGCAGGAUUUCGCCGACGUCAGCGGCGAUCUGAAGUCGGGGCGACGAACUCUGCCAAUUAUAGCACCCGAAGGAUCUCGUAUCUAUAUGCUUUGUGCACUUCCGCUAUCUUCUUUUGCACUUGCCUCAUUUUGGAGUUUGGGGCCUCUUUCCAGCGUUCUUUUUGUUUCUAUGGGUUCUUGGGUCGGAAUUCGCUACUUUCGCGAUAAGAUUCGUGACCAGUCAAACUACCGCCUGUACAACGUCUGUAUUCUCUAUUCAUAUUUCCCCGUCUGUUACCUGGCAUUAAUCAUUCUCUACAGAUAUGGUUAA